GUUCAUAUCUCUCCUUUUGUUUCUCUCUUUGUCAUUGAAACUUUUUCACCCCCUUGAUACCGCUUCAAUUCACCAAUGGCAAGUCGAGGAAAAACCCAGGGAUCUGGCACAACCAAAAAGGGCAUCUCCCGAAGCAACAAAGCUGGUCUCCAAUUCCCAGUUGGUCGUAUUGCUCGAUACCUCAAGAUUGGCAAGUAUGCUGACCGUAUCGGUUCUGGCGCUCCCGUGUAUCUCGCCUCUGUUCUUGAAUAUCUUGCUGCUGAGGUUUUGGAGUUAGCGGGGAAUGCCGCAAUGGACAACAAGAAGACUCGUAUUAUGCCUCGCCAUAUCCAAUUGGCUGUUAGGAAUGAUGAAGAGUUGAGCAGGCUUCUCGGAGAUGUGACUAUCGCCAGUGGUGGUGUGACACCUAACAUUCACAACAUGUUGCUGCCUAAGAAGGUUGGGACCUCGACCUCAACCUUUAUGGGUCCUAGUGCCGAUGAUGACGACGCUUAAAUGUUUUCCCCCAAAAGUUUGACCCAUGUUUCCCUUCUGUAAAAUGGGUCCUUUAUUGAAUAAUACUAAAUGUCAAGAUUGACAUAAUAUAAUAAGAAGUUGGGUUGAUGUUGAUCUUU